GUGCUGAGGUAGGCACACAAAAGACCGACUGCGGCUGCCCCCUCGUCCCCGCCGCGGCGCCUCAGGGGUGGGCAUCGGCUCCACCGCUACCAGCAGAGCAAUAUUACACAGGAAAUUGCAAGCUGAACCUACAAAGAAUACAAAUUAGCAGGAGAUAAGAAGAUUGCCAGACUUCUGAAUAGCCUUCAUAGUCAGCAGAAAGUAAUUGCUUAGAAAUGAUUGUCAUAUAAGGACUUGGCUAUGGCAAACAGGAAGCAUCAAAGCACUACUGCCAGCAUGCUGGAUCACAGAACAAGAGCUUGCCCUACUUCAUCUCACAACAGGGAACCUGAAAAUGAAGAAAGUGACCUUCCUAUUGAAGAUUAUGCAGCAAAAAAGGCAGAACUAGCAACUGUCAGAGCAGAUAGUCCUCCACCUGUAGAACAUGAGUGCAAUGAUCAUAGCGCAGAUGGUGAUUCCAGCUCUGACUAUGUGAAUAACACUUCUGAGGAGGAGGACUAUGAUGAAGGCUUGCCAGAAGAAGAGGAGGGGAUCACAUACUACAUUAGAUACUGUCCAGAGGAUGACAGCUACCUAGAAGGAAUGGAUUGCAAUGGGGAAGAGUAUGUUCCCCAUGAGGAACACCAUGAUGAAACAGAUGGAUGUCAGGAAGCUGUAGAAGAAUGGGCUGAAGGUAAAAGUCAGCACCAAGAUGAAAAUGAGGUGACGGACAGGCAAGAGUGGCAAGAGGGUCAAGAUAAUGGCAUUCAGACAUUGGAAGAUGAAACAUCAUCGUUGGAGAUUCAAGAUCAAGAAGAAAACAUACAGUACUGUCAAAGUGAAGGUGGCUAUCAGGACUAUUACCCAGCAGAGACUAAUGGAAACUCACAGGGAAUAUCACCAUACCAUUCUAGAAAAGAGGAUGCAGAGCUGGAAGAGCAGGAAGAGGACAUUGACCAGAUUGUAGCAGAAAUCAAAAUGAGUAUGAGCAUGAGCAGUAUUAACAGUACAACAGAAAUGAGUCCAGAGCACACUGGGACUGAAAACAUGGCACAUGACUAUAAAGAGAAUUGUUCAAAGGGAGAAGCUGUUCACAGUGCUAAUAGGCAUGAGGGGAGGCCAAAAUCAUUGAAUAUCCCAUCUGCUUCUAAGCACAGUGGAGAGCCUCGAGGCUUUAAAGCAAAGUCAAGAACCCCGGAGGACAGGCAGAACUGGCCACAAGAGCAGAUGUGCAAUGGUUUAGAGCAGCCAAGGAAGCAACAGCGUUCAGACCUCAAUGGACCAGUUGACAAUAAUAACACACCUGAGACAAAGAAAGUGUCUUCAUUUCCAAGUUUUGUUGAUGUUCCAGGACCUUGUGAACCUGAAGACCUCAUUGAUGGAAUCAUCUUUGCAGCCAAUUACCUGGGCUCUACACAGCUGCUCUCUGAGCGCAACCCUUCCAAAAACAUAAGGAUGAUGCAGGCUCAAGAGGCAGUGAGCCGUGUUAAGACUUCAGAGGGAGAUUCUCAGGCCUUGACUGAAGUGGAUCUGUUCAUCUCCACACAGAGAAUCAAAGUUUUAAAUGCAGACACACAGGAAACAAUGAUGGACCACGCGCUGCGCACUAUCUCAUAUAUUGCAGAUAUUGGUAACAUUGUGGUUUUAAUGGCACGACGUCGCAUGCCAAGAUCAGCUUCUCAAGACUGUAUUGAAACAACACCUGGUGCUCAAGAAGGAAAGAAGCAGUACAAAAUGAUAUGCCAUGUCUUUGAAUCAGAGGAUGCACAGCUGAUAGCUCAGUCAAUCGGUCAGGCUUUCAGUGUUGCUUAUCAAGAGUUUUUAAGAGCCAAUGGAAUUAACCCAGAGGAUCUCAGUCAGAAAGAGUACAGCGACAUCAUCAAUACCCAAGAGAUGUACAAUGAUGACCUCAUACACUUUUCCAAUUCAGAAAACUGCAAAGAGCUCCAGCUAGAAAAGCAGAAGGGAGAAAUUCUUGGGGUAGUGAUUGUGGAAUCUGGAUGGGGAUCCAUUCUACCCACCGUUAUCCUGGCUAACAUGAUGAAUGGAGGCCCUGCAGCCCGUUCAGGAAAACUAAGCAUUGGAGACCAAAUUAUGUCCAUUAAUGGGACCAGUUUAGUUGGUCUACCUCUUGCAACAUGCCAAGGGAUCAUAAAGGGUCUCAAGAAUCAGACACAAGUCAAACUGAACAUUGUCAGCUGCCCUCCUGUUACAACUGUCCUUAUAAAACGUCCAGACUUAAAAUACCAGCUGGGCUUCAGUGUACAGAAUGGAAUUAUUUGCAGCUUGAUGCGAGGUGGAAUAGCUGAGAGGGGAGGGGUAAGAGUAGGACAUCGUAUUAUUGAAAUCAAUGGACAAAGUGUUGUUGCUACUGCUCAUGAGAAGAUAGUACAAGCACUGUCUAAUUCCGUGGGAGAGAUUCACAUGAAGACUAUGCCAGCUGCCAUGUUCAGGCUUCUAACUGGGCAAGAGACACCCCUAUACAUCUAGCGUGGGAUUCUUGCAGCAAAGUAACUAAAUGAUUCCAUCAAAGCUGAAGAGAAUUUUGUAUUUUGUAUGAACGAAAGGCUUUGAAGCUGACCUGAGGACUCUGAAACAAGGACCACACAGGUGUCUCUGCCUUUUCUCUCCUUCCUUUUUAUUUCUUUGCCAAAAAGUGAUGAGAGGGAUGGUCCAGGACAGUAAUCACUGACAGAAACCUUUGUAAAGCAUUUAAGUAUUUUGCAACAUCUUCUAAACAUUUUUCUCAUAAAAAACAUAUUUAUUUGUAACCUUUGUGUGGAGUGAUGUAUGUAUGUAUGUCUGUCUUGUUUGAUAAUACGGUGAAUGUGACUACUUGAUGAAUGAGACCACAAGAAGUGGUAAAGAGAAGCAAUUAGAGAGAGUGAUGGCUGCCUCAAGUAACUAAAAAUCCCAGUACCAGAAAGUGAUGGCUUUGCAGAAUUUUAAAGCUGGUGCCGAAUAGAUGGUAUUUCAGUGGGGGAGGAAUGUCUGCAGUUAAAGCUUUUAAACUCUAAUGUAAAGAAAACCACUGUAGUACUUGGUAUUGUUAUGACAAGUGUAACCUGUUUGGCAAGGUGUGAACAUAAACAUGUAACAAGUGUUUCAUAUGCUAAAUAAAGAAUAAUUGCCACAAGAUUAAAAUCAAAAUAUUUAUUUAGAUACAUAUUUAUUUUUAAUGCUUGUGAUUUUUAUGGUUUAACAGAGUUAUUUCAUGGAUAACUUAUUGCACAGGUUGUGUAAUGUAUGUGCUGGGCUGGGCUUCUUUUUUUUUUAAGUUUUGCAUAUUACCUUCUUGAUUCUAUUAGCUCAAAAUGGGAAAGCCAUGCUUACCUGUUUCUGUCUUUUAUACAGCAUCCGUAUUCCUAAGGCAAUGUGUUCUGAAUGUAAAUUGUUUUGACAAAUAACCUAGCACCAUCAGCAGUAUUAGAAUGUGUAUAGAUAAAAAAUAGUAGUAAAGUUGUAUUCCUUCUCACAUAAAUGUUAAUUGGUGUAACUUUUCAUCUAGGUUUUUUUCUUGGCCAAGGCCUUGAAGAAAAUACACUGUGACUUAAGAAGCCUUACCAUGCAGUAACUAAAGAACUUUAGAUGACUGUACUUCAAGGAGUAGUGUGUUGCAUGCAACUGACCUUAGGAAAGAAUUAACCUACUAUCACUAAUAAAUCUGAAAUAAUAAAGGAA